GACAUCGAUUACAACUGCACCUUUCCUCACUAGCGUCCGUCCCAACAAACCCUAUCUCUUACCAGCCCCACGUUUCUGGAAACAAUGGCAACCUCGUCCCCUCAAGCCCCGAGCCUGGAUCGGUACGUUGUCAUCCACGUUGCUACAACGUGUGAUGAACAUGGUGUAUAUGUUACGAAAGACUCGGCUGAGGUUAUUGAGCUCGGGUGGAUACUGCUCGACGCGAAGAGCUGUGAAGAGCUCCAUCGGGAAUCAGUCCUUGUCAAACCUGUCAACACGCCCAUUACCCCAUUGUGCACGAGCUUGACCACCCUGACAUGGGAGCAUGUCCGCAAUGCCGGGUCCUUCCGAGACGCCGUCAAUCGUGUUGACCAGUUCGCCCAAGAGCAUCUCACGCCGAAGAACCUCGAGUUUGCGUUCGUGACGCUCGAUUCAUGGGAUCUCCGUGUUCAGUUGCCCCGUGAAGCUCGUGACAAGGCCGUAGUUUUGCCGCCGUAUCUACAACAUUCGCGCACCUUCGACCUACGCACCGAAUACCAGCGUUGGCAGGCUCACCACCCCGAGUCGUUGCCCUUCGGCUCGAGCGCUUUGGCCAACAUCUGUGCAGCCCUUGAGGUCGAGCCGGUGCAGUCAUCGGCACCCAUCAAACACAACCUGCCAUUCCACCUCCAAGCUCUAGCGCCUGCCUCACCAAGGCGUGCUAUGGAAGAGGCUGUCACUCUUGCUAGAGUCCUUCGAGGUUUGAUCCGCAAGUCUCAGCCAGCACAGGACCAUCCAGACGUGCUUACCAAGCCAAUGGACGCCCGAGCUGAUGUCCGCGCUUUCCUCUCGGAGCGUAGCAAGGUUCUACACAUGAGUGGACUGCCCCACGACACCACCCAGUCCGAGCUCGAGAGCUGGUUCACCCAAUUUGGCGGCCGUCCCAUUGCUUUCUGGACUCUCCGCACUCCCGAUCAACACAAGCCCACUGGCUCCGGUUUCGCAGUCUUCUCUUCACACGAAGAGGCUGCCGAGAGUUUGUGCAUGAACGGACGCGCCCUCAACGAGAAGGCCAUUGAGGUGUCUCCCUCCUCCAGCCGCGUCCUCGACCGCGCUGCCGAUAUCCUCACCCCCUUCCCGCCAAGCAAGAACCGCCCGCGUCCUGGAGACUGGACUUGCCCGUCAUGCGGGUUCUCCAAUUUCCAGCGUCGCACCGCAUGCUUCCGUUGCUCCUUCCCAGCUAUGUCGGGUGCUCCUCAAGGAGACCCAAUGGGCUACCCGUACGGAUAUGGACAUCCUUCUAUGAUGGGCCCUCCUGCUCAUCACAUGGGUCAUGGCCACGGCAUGGGCCACAUGGGUCGUGGUGGCACGUCGGGUGUCGUCCCAUUCCGCGCUGGUGACUGGAAGUGCGGCUCGGACGGCUGUGGAUAUCAUAACUUUGCGAAGAACGUCAGCUGUCUCCGCUGUGGUGCUAGCCGCACUAACGCUGCGAUUCCAGCUGACUCGGGCUUCACUUCUCCUAUGGACACUCCUUCGAGCUUUGGUAUGGGCCCUCCCUCAAUGGCCGGUACUCCUGGCCCUGGUCCUUUUGCGGCCGCUGGUUUCGGCUCUGGUGGCGGAUUCCCUGGCCAGCAGUUCGGUGGCCCACCAAGCACCUACGCUCUGCCUUCCGGAAUUGGAGCUGCUAGCCCCUACCCCCCAAUGGGAGCACAGUAUGCACCGAACGGCGGCAUGCACGGGGGUACUCCCUUCGAUAGCCGUGCUGCCGAAGCGGCGUUCACCUCUGCUGGCCAGGCGCCUGCUUCUGCUGGUGCUGGUUUCUCCAAUGGUGGGUUCAACGACGGAGGUCACAACGAUCCCUUUUCUUUCCUCUCGACCGGCCUCGGUGGCCUCUCAAUGAACGAUGAUCGACGUAACCCCAACAACCCGGCUAACAAGUCUCCCGCAUAAAUGCAUUUAUCGGAAGCUUUCCUUCUCAGGAUUUUCACAUGUCGGGCCAAGUGAUUUCAUUGGGCGGUGGAAAUAAUCUAUGAACUCAGCGAUGGAGUGGGUUUGGGGUCUUUGAUUUCUUGAAGGUUCGGAGUUUCUUCAGAUUGGACAACACACAUCUUCGCAAAAUCUGCAGGCAAAGGAGCAUGGAAACG